AUGGCAUCUCCAGGUGUUGACCUCACCGCCGAUAAAGGGCCCCUCACUCUCAGGUCCAUCUAUCCAUGUGCGGCAGUCGCAACGCUAGCCGUGGUGGCCCGCUUCACUUCACGGAAGCUGAAGAAAGUGCAAUGGGCGCUGGAUGAUUAUGCUGUGUUAUUUUGUCUGAUACUGACUUGGGGCGUCAUUGCAAGCCUACACUUCUGCGUGUUGUAUGGUGGUGGAAAACACAUCGAUACCCUCUCUCCACACGAUUUAUUUCGCUUCCUCAAAUCCAUAUACGCCCUCAAUGAGAUCUACAUAGCCACCACUCCCUCCAUCAAAAUUGCUGCCCUCCUCAUGUACCGAAGAAUAUUCAUCACCCAGAAAUUUCAACUGGUAGUCAACAUUAUGAUCGGGCUGGUGUUUACAUGGUGGCUCGCAGAGGCUAUCGCAGCCAUCUGGCUGUGCGUGCCAAUCAAUGGCUGGUGGGACAAAACCAUAACCGACGCCAAAUGCAUGUCGCUGAGGAGCUUCGACCUCGCCUUCGCCCUCAUCAACAUCACUUUCGACUUCUUCAUCCUGCUUCUUCCCGUCAACAUGGUGUGGCGACUACAGAUCACAAACUUUCAAAAAGGCGCGUUGACCUUGGUCUUUCUGCUCGGCGGGCUUACCAAACCCACUGUCCUCUCAUCCGCCACUAAUGGGAUUUCAGGGGUCAUAACCAACACCCUAAUCUGGACAGCGGCCGAAUGCAGCGUCGGCGUCAUCAGCGUCUGCCUCCCGACCCUGAAGCCCCUCCUCUCUCUCAUCCUCCCCAGCCAAUUCGGCAGCCGCAGCAGCAAGCGGCUCAGGAAGACCGACAGUUACGAAGACCGGGCCGACUCGUUUACACGCUUGCAAGAGACGGGCGGGCGCAUACAUGCUGCACAUCAGGAGGGACUAUCGAAGCCCCAGAUCGUUGCAAUAGAUCGGAACGACCCGAAUCUGCACCCAUAUGAUGUCGAGCAUGCGAUCAGAGUGACGACGGAGCUGGAAUUGCAUGAGCUGGAGCUGGAGAAAGAGCAGGGAAGGAUAGGGACUGCUGUAUGA